GCUAAUCCUUGCAAGUGGUGGUUUCUGCCUUUCUCGGCUACAUAUCGGAACUUCACCGGAGACGGUGUGCCAGAGUGAUCGAUAAGGAAGCAAAAGCAUGCCGAAGAGGACGACUCACACCUACUCGAGCGAGGAUGCUGCACCAGAUGGUCCGGAUUCCGAUCUCUUCGUCUAUUACUGCAAGCAUUGUAGUUCUCACGUUCUCAUUACCGAUACACAAUUGCAGAAAAUGCCCAAAAGAAAAACGGACAAAGCAUAUGUUUUGGAUAAGAAAAAGCAUCUUACAAGGUUGAACAUAAAUGAGGCAGGAAAAAUUCUCCUAAAGCGGGGUGAAGGGAAAUUAGAAAAGCAGUUUCGCAUGAACUGCAUGGGUUGUGGACUCUUUGUUUGCUACCGCUCUGAAGAAGACUUGGAAUCUGCCUCUUUCAUAUAUGUUGUUGAUGGAGCACUUAGUACAGUUGCUGCAGAAACUAACCCCCAGGAUGCUCCUGUACCACCAUGCAUUUCCCAGUUAGAAGGAGGGCUUGUUCAAGUGGCGAUUGAAGUGGAAGACCGUGCACAACGCUCAGCAAUUACAAGAGUAAAUGCUGAUGAUGUUAGAGUCACUGUAGCUGCACCUGCUGCACGUGGGGAAGCUAACAAUGAACUUUUAGAAUUUAUGGGCAAGGUAUUAGGUUUGAGACUAAGCCAGAUGACCCUUCAAAGAGGGUGGAACAGCAAGUCUAAGCUCCUUGUGGUGGAAGAUCUGUCAGCCAGACAGGUAUAUGAGAAACUGCUUGAAGCUGUGCAACCUUGAAUUUACUGGACACUUUAUGGGAUCUUGAUCUGUAUUUUGCCUUAUCCUUUGAAAAUUUGGCUCUGAAAUUUCCAUCUUUUCUCAAGUUUUACUUUGAUUGUAUCAUGUCAAAUGUGAAUGACAUUUUUGGCUUGGACUUCUUGAUUGAUGACUAGAAUGAAAUAGAAAUGGACUGAUUGAAGUCAAGUCAGAUUUGUAAUCAUACACAUUUAGUUCAAAACAUUGGUAUCUAGAUCAUGUUUCAACCAA